GUUCCGGGCCCCUGGAACAGCAGCGGCGGCAGCAACUGCACCAGCAGCGGCGGUGGCAGGCCUGGCCCCGGGCCAGCUGGCCGGGAGCCCCAGGAGCGAGAGAGGGCGGAGGAAGGGGAGGAAGAGGGGAAGGAGGAGGAGAGGAGCCGUCAGCAGGCCCGAGGAGGCAGGACUUCCUGGUGUGGGGGUUGUCAACAGCCCAGAAGAGAAAGACCGAGAGGAGCGGAGUAGCGGAGAGAGACCCAGCGGUGCCACGCGGGAGGAGACUUGGGAGGGCCACUCGCCGCGACCACCGAGGCGGCUCCAUCUGGAGGAUCGGGGGGCUGACCCGCCCUCUUCCGCAGCAGUCCGCACACCCUUGGGGCUUCACGGGCCGCGCCUGGGCCCCCACCGAGGAGGCGGGGGUUCCUUUUCUGGACGGCAAACUUUCCGCGGAGAUGCCUUGCGGGGCGAGGUGCAGCCCCCGAAGAGGACCGGACAGCCUCUGAGCGCCGCCUGCGCCCCCCGCGCUCCUGGGGCCAGGGGGCCCCAGGGAAAGGACAGCUCAACGUCUUAGGCGGCCGGGACCCCCCCGGCCCCCGCCCCCGGCCCCGCUCGGUGGCCGCGGCCGAGAGUUUGCAAACUCAGCUCUGGAGUUUGGAGGCAGCGACAGCAGCAGGAAAAACCUGCCCCUGCCCUCUCCCUCCCCCCUGCCUCCCCUGUCCUGUUCCUUCAGCAACCAGGCACCCCCAGUUCCUGCAGGGCCCUCCUGCCAUGUCGGACCCAGACGUCCCCAGGGGCCCUGAUGUCCCCGCCAUGUGGCCCCCCUGUUCUAGGGGUGCCUGAGCCUCUCCAAGAGCUCCCUCCCCCCCGCCACCCGCCUGCCCACCUUGGCCAGUCCUGAGACCCAGGGACCAUGAGUGGGGGCAGGAAGAAGAGUAGUUUCCAGAUCACCAGCGUCACCACGGACUACGAGGGUCCAGGGAGCCCAGGGGGUUCAGAUCCUCCUGCCCUGCCAGCCCCCACUGGGCCACCGCCCCGCCUGCCCAAUGGGGAGCCAAACCCCGAGCCAGGGGGCAGGGGCACCCCCCGGAAUGGCUCCCCACCGCCUGGGGCCCCAGCCUCCCGCUUCCGGGUGGUGAAGCUACCCCAAGGCCUGGGAGAGCCUUAUCGCCGAGGCCGUUGGACUUGUGUGGAUGUUUACGAGAGAGACCUGGAGCCCCCUAGCUUUGGCCGGCUCCUGGAGGGAAUUCGAGGGGCCUCAGGGGGCACAGGGGGCAGGUCUUUGGAUUCCAGGUUGGAGCUGGCCAGCUUGGGCCUGAGCGCCCCUGCCCCACAGCCAGGCCUGUCUCAGGGCCCCACCUCCUGGCUCCGCCCGCCCCCCACCUCCCCUGGACCUCAGGCCCGCUCCCUAACUGGGGGGCUGGGCCAGCUGGCAGUGCCUAGCAAGGCCAAGGUGGAGACACCCCCUCUGUCAGUCUCCCCACCCCAGCAGCGCCCCCCAGAGCCCGGGACAGGGGAUAGCACGGGCACAUCCCGGGCUGCCACGCCCCUGCCCUCCUUGAGGGUAGAAGUGGAGGCAGGGGGCUCAACAGCGGGGACCCCUCCACUGCCCUGGACGAAGGAUGGAGCCCUGCGACUGAGGAUGGAGGAGACAGGGCAGGUGCCCCCACUCGACUCUCGCCCUGGCUCCCCUGCCCUCUACUUCUUCCCCGAAGCCAGUCUGGUUCGCAAGUCUCCAGACCCCUUUGGAGCAGCAGCUGCCCAGAGCCUCAGCCUCGCCCGUUCCAUGCUGGCCAUCAGUGGCCACCUGGAUAGCGAUGACGAUAGUGGCUCCGGAAGCCUCGUUGGCAUUGACAACAAGAUCGAACAAGCCAUGGUUUUCUUCUGGAGACACCAAGCGAAGUCAGCCGUCGGGGAACACAGCGACUCCAAGAAAAAUGCAUCGAAGGUGGAGAAGAUACCCAAAGUGGUUGAGACUCUCAAGGUGGUCGAGGCCUCCAAAGAGGCUAAGGUCUCCAAAGUGGAUGUGUCCUCCAAGGUGGCUGAUCCCUGCGUGGUGGCCAAGACCACCACGGGCCGGGCCGAGAAGGAGGCGGGCCAGGGGAGGCGAUCGCUGUUGCAGCUGCCCCGGACUGCCGUCAAGUCUGUCUCCACGCUCAUGGUCUCAGCCCUACAGUCUGGCUGGCGGAUGUGCAGCUGGAAGUCAUCUGUGAGUUCUACCUCAGUUGCCUCCCAAAUGAAGACUCGUUCCCCUUUGGAGUCUCGAGAGGCUGAGAUGCUUCGGGAAGUGUACCUGGUGCUGUGGGCCAUUCGGAAACAACUGCGGCAGCUGGCCCGCAGGCAGGAGAGGCGGCGUCGGCGCCACAUCCGGGCCCACACCUGCCCCCAAACUGACCCAGUUCAGAGCCUGAAACAGGAUGCCCGGAGUCCCCUCUAAGGUGGGAACCCCACAUCCUCAGCCCUCACCUCACUCUUAGGUAAGGUUGAUAGGAGAGGUUGGGGCAGCAGGCCACGGGUUGUGAGUGAGGAGAAGUUUUCAUACUGUCACCUCUUAUCAGGACCCCAAGGCCUGGCCUGGGGUCACACAUAUUCCCCUUCAUUCCUUUUAUUCAAUUUGUAAAAAAUUAUCAAACUGUUGGGAAAUAAAUAUCAGAUAUUUCUGAGUA